GAGGAGCAGGAGGAGGCUCGGGCCCUGCCGUGGGCGAGGGGGAGCUCACGGGCGCCGCGGGCGCUCGCGGCGGUGCGCGGCAGCUCCCCGGCGCAGCGCCGGGGCCCAGGGGAGCGGCACGGCCCGCUCGAAGGCGACCGCGGCGGAGAGCGUGGUGUUUGGACCACGGCGUGGGCCCAGAGCUCGGGCACGCAGACGAUGUCGCCUGGGCGCUGGACCGCGGUGAGAGUGCCCCCGUCUACUCGGGGCGGCACGCCCCGGCGCACCGGCACCCGGGACAUCAGGGCGGCGGAGGGCGGCCGGAAGCGCCAGCUGCGCUCCCCGGCCACGCAGAUGUUGAACGCUCCUGGUGCCAGUGCCAGGGCGCCCCAGUGCCGCUUUGGCCCAAGGAGAACUGCCGGAACACCACCUGGCCCCGCACGCCGAAGAUGCUGGGGAGCACGUCGGCCGGGUCCAGGUCUCUUUCGACCGCGGCGGGCCAGGGCGGAGCGCUCGGGCACCUCCCUGAAGAGAUACCCCGUGCUGCCCGACAGCACUUCCGCGGCGCCGCCCGCAGUCACGGCGCCCGCCACCGCCGCCCCAGGCAUGUAUCGGUGCUCGGGAUAG